AUGGCGGCCGCAUCAGCUGGAGCCUUGAUGCUCUUCCGUGUAACAGACUUAUCACGGCACAAGCUAAUCCUUCACCAACCACCACCAUCUUCAUCGACUCCUCUCCGGUUACCUUGUUUUCCUCACCGUGCCGUGUCGUCAUCUUCCUCUGUCAUUAGCUGUCUCAGUGGAGGCGGAGUUUCUUCCGACGAUUCAUACGUAUCUACUCGUCGGUCGAAGUUGGAUCGAGGUUUCGCUGUGAUCGCGAAUUUGGUUAAUCGGAUCCAGCCGCUUGAUACUUCCGUUAUCUCCAAAGGCUUAUCUGAUUCAGCUAAGGAUUCGAUGAAGCAGACGAUUUCUUCUAUGCUCGGUCUCCUUCCUUCCGAUCAAUUCUCCGUUUCCGUCACCAUCUCCGAACAGCCUCUCUAUCGCCUCCUUAUCUCCUCCAUCAUCACCGGGUAUACGUUGUGGAAUGCGGAGUAUCGUGUAUCACUGACGAGGAAUUUCGAUAUACCCAGUGAUCCUAGAAAGGAGGAUUAUAAAUCUUCGAAAGACGAUGUUCGAUUUGGAUCAGAGAAGGGAGUGAGUGAGGAUUUAGGGAAUUGUGUUGAGGAAUUAGAGAGAAUGAGUCCUCAGGUGUUUGGAGACUUAUCACCUGAAGCAUUGAGUUAUAUUCAGCAUUUGCAGUCUGAGUUAACUAGCAUGAAAGAGGAACUAGAUUCACAAAAGAAGAAAGCUUUACAGAUAGAAUGUGAGAAAGGGAACAAGAAUGAUUUGUUGGAGUAUUUACGGUCCUUAGAUCCUGAGAUGGUGACUGAGUUAUCUCAACUAUCUUCACCAGAAGUGGAAGAGAUCGUAAACCAACUUGUCCAAAACGUAAUACAGAGGAUCUUCGAAGACCAGGCGACUUCAGGUUUCAUGCAAGGUUCUGUCAUGAGAACUACAGAAGGUAGUGAUGGAAGUGGUAGGAAAGUAGACACUUCCAGGGAUUACCUUGCAAAGCUCCUUUUCUGGUGCAUGCUAUUGGGACAUCAUUUAAGAGGAUUGGAGAAUAGAUUACAUCUCAGCUGUGUUGUUGGGUUGCUGUAA